AUGUGCACGUUUCUUGGAGAUAGGCAACGAGAUGUCGUAAAUGCUGCUGGACAGCAAUUUCGACUGCUUUACCGGUGUCUAAAUGGCUCGACUGAGAGGGUCGAAAUUUUCCCCAGCUUCGAUAGGACUUUAACGAUAGAGCCUUUAGAUGCGAGAGCAUGGGCGCUGCAAGAGCGCUUCCUGUCUUCUCGGCUUCUCGACUUCGGAACAUACCAGACAAAGUGGAUUUGCCAGCUCAAAGGGGACCGAAUUCUGACCGAUGGAUAUCGAAGCUUCAUGUCUGACGAAGAAGAGACACUGGACCGUCUCUCCCAUUCUGCACUAACAUUGCUGAAAGGGCAACCCCCAAUCAAGCGAGUCACGGCUUAUGGGAUUCCCAAUUUCUUCUCGUCGGACCCCUACAGAAUGUGGCAGAUGCUGGUGGAUUUAUACUCCAGUCGCCAACUGACUUUUCAUUCCGACAGACUACCUGCGAUUUCCGGUCUUGCAAUCCGCUUUGCCGACUUACUGGGAGAUGAGUACUUUGCUGGACUUUGGAAGUCUCGCUUACCCUAUGAAUUAGUAUGGUAUAACAGACGUCGUGCUAUUGUGAACCUUGAUAACUUCAAGAACACUGCAGUUCUGGGAAUGAAAGGCCCGUCGUGGUCUUGGUCUAGUAUCUCUUGUUCGAUUACGUUUCCCGAUAGUGCAAUCAACGAGAAUGCACCAGACGCGUCCCUGGAUAUCAUUGACGUUCGGACUGAACUCGUCGAUGGUGGAGGCCAGUAUGGUGCCGUGAAGUCGGGGAUUUUGACUGUUAAGGGCCAGGUCCGAGUUGCCACACUGUUUUCGAUUGGUGCGCAGCACGACCCUUGGUCGUCAGCAAGCCUGAAGAAAACCAGUGAUACUAUUACUAUCCACGAAGAGAUCCCUGCCUAUGUGUAUAUUGAUCAACGACCUUCAAUGGCGGAUGGCCAGCUCGGAGUACCGGUCCUUCUGCUGAGAACCCUUUCUGGCAAAGAUGAAACUCAAGGACUCAUUCUCUGCCAUAGGUCAGGAUCAGAGUAUUCUAGGAUGGGGAUAUUCAAAUGCAGCUGGCACGCUUUGUUCUUUCUAUCACAGGGUGACUCGGACCAUGACGAUAGACGGGAUAAAUACAAGCCAUUUGGUCGAUGGUUCGACGAAGGGGAGGUAAAGAAGAUCACAAUUGUAUAG